AUGGACAAGAGCACUCCACUGCACGGCAGCGAGAGUAAUGUCCGACCAUACAGCAUCUUCAUCGCCUACAUGAUCACCUGCUUGUCCUUAGCCGUGUCCAUCAUUAUCAAGCUGUUCGAGAAGACGGAGAAACUGCAUGCUUCGGCACCUUCACGGCUGCCGCAAAGAAAGCAUGUCUUGCUCUUUUCGGCUCUGGCUGCAUGCAGUCUUCUCAGCACCUGGAGCUACAUGUUACGAUAUUUCCAGUGGUCAUAUGACAAUUGGCUCACAGUCCAAUCACAGCACGAGAUCGAUCUCUCCGUCAAGCAUUGGGGCUUAUGGCUGAAAGAGACAUCUCUGUUUAGGGAAGCCUGGGAGAGCGUAAUCAUAGGCCACAACAGGUACUGGUGGUCGCAUCAAAUCUUCUAUUUUGCAUGCGCGCUCGGUCUCCAUUCGGAGCGAAAAGGUGCUCGGCAAGGCAUCUCGUACACAUGGGCAUUCAUUCUCCUCGGGCAGAUCGUUGCGAUCAGCUUCGCUACAAACCUCUACUUCCUGACGUUGCUCCUCACGCCGCAACAGCAGCAGCUUUCAACUCCAGGUCCAGAGAAAUCCGUGUCAAGGAAACUCAAAUCGGCUCCCGUCUCAGGAUACCGAAAGUGGUUCGGCCCGUGGCUCAUCGAUGGCCUAUCUGUGUGGGUCAAUGGCGCUGCCGCGAACGCCUUGUCCUGGGAUAAAUACCAGAACGGGGCACCGGGCUUCAUGCAAAUCCUCCUGCUUCCGCACGUAGCCUUGAUGUUACUUCCAACUCUGCGCGCUAUUUUGCCAGAAAAGUUUUUCCUCAUCGGAGACACGACGACUGUGAAUAAGAUCUACAGAUUUCUGUGGUUUCUAAAUACUCAGUUUUUUGGCCAGCUUGUCUAUACUACGUUCAAAGCCUAUCGAGACGGCAACCUUGGUGGCAUCCGUGACGCAUUGCUGGAACAUCCCGCGGUCAGCAGUGUCGGGUUCGAUGUAAUCUUCUGUUGGAUUAGCUGGAUCUGUUGGUGGCGGACACAAGACCACACAACGUGGUUCCUGAUGCCUGACUUGUGA